AUGAGCUUGUCACUUCUCCAGGGCUACUCCUCCGCUGAGGAGGACGACGACCCCGCCGCCGGCACCGAGCUGAGCGAGUCCGGUGAUUCGUCAGCUGAGGAAGCCGGAUCGGACGGAGACGACGGGUCCGCUCCUCCAAAGCCGGCCCCCAAGCCCCGCCGCCGACCAAACCCUAAGGGGGGAGAUGCCGGCGGCGGCGACGGGGACUCCUCGCUGCCCUCCGCGCUGGAGGCCUUUGCCGAUGUCUCGGGACCACCGGAGUUUCUGAGGCACAGGGUUGCCGAGCCCGAGGAAGGGACGGAGGCCCUCGGUGUACUCGAUCGCCGUGGGAGAGAGGGGAGCAAGCACCCGCCUCCAGGUGCUGUUGUGGUGGCAAAACCGCAGUUAGUUGCCAUCCACGAGCGAGUUACCACAACCGGAGCCAACCCCCCAGGUCCAGUGACAUCUGGUUCUGUUGAUGGGAAAAGAAUAAUAGGUGCUGCAAAUCCUGGGCCAGAAGAUGCAGCUGAUCUUCUGAGGAUGUGUCUCCAAUGUGGUGUACCAAAGACCUAUUCACAUGGUAAGGGUAUGGUUUGCCCUCAGUGUGGUGAUAGACUGGUGCAGACAAAAGAGCCCGAAAAGAAGAAGGGUUCCACUGUCAAAGACAAGGAGAAGAUCAAGAGGAUGAGGGGUCAAUCGUCGCAUGCAUCCUGGAAGAGUGAAACCGAGAUGGCUCUUCGGCAACAAUUCGAUUGA